AUGGAUCUAUCACAACCAACAGUAUCCCGUUGCAUAAGUGAGGUUGUGGCUGCACUUAAUCAACCCGAAAUAUUUAACCUAUGGGUUAAAUUUCCAAAAAAUGUUAAUGAACUUACUGAAAUCCGUAAUGGUUUUUACAGAGAUACAGGAUUUCCUGGCGUUAUUGGCUGUAUUGACUGUACGCACGUAGCAAUUGUACCUCCUUCAUCAAAUUUAAACUUGGAUGAAAACCAGCAUCCUGAGUAUAUAUAUGUAAACCGCAAAGGAUAUCAUUCAAUCAAUGUCCAAUUGAUUUGUGAUUCUAAGUUAAAGAUAUUGAAUGUAAACGCACUAUUCCCGGGCAGUACUCACGAUAUUCAUGUAUGGAAUAACAGUUCUGUGUUACCAAUAUUGCAAGAAUUGCACAGACGCAAUUAUAAUGAUUUUUAUUUAUUAGGUGAUUCUGGAUACCCUUUGCGUCAAUGGCUACUAACACCAAUAUCAAAUCCUACCACUGAAGCCGAGGCAUUUUAUAAUAAAAGGCAAAUGUCAACUAGGAGCGUAAUUGAACGAUGCAAUGGAGUUUUAAAAAUGCGAUUUAGAUGCUUGUUAAAAGAUAGGACCUUACACUACAAACCAGAGAAAGCAUCUUCUAUUAUAAAUGCUUGUAUAGUGUUGCACAAUAUGUGUAUCACAAACAACAUUGAGCUGAUUGAUGAAUCUGAUAUCCAAGGGCUUGAUGAUUUGGGUAUGAUAGAAAAUGAAGAUAACUUGGCUGAUUUUAACAACAGAAACAUAGAUUUAAGUCUAGGAAGACAACAAAGAAAUAAUGUAAUAAGAUAUUUAUCACAAAGA